UCUCUCCCCAUUUCCCCCCCGUAUACUACGACCAUGUACCGAGUCGCUGCAGCCUUAGCUUCAUCGAUCAGAUCAUCUACUUCCAGAAACCUGGUGUGUAGCAGGGUUAUUUGCAGCAGAAAUUAUGUUGCCAAGGAUAUCAACUUUGGGACUGGGGCUCGGGCGGCCAUGUUGCGGGGUGUUAAUGAGCUUGCAGAAGCUGUAAAGGUUACGAUGGGGCCGAAGGGCCGUAAUGUGAUUAUUCAGAAAAUUCAUGGGGAACCUAAAGUCACAAAGGAUGGAGUCACCGUGGCCAAAAGCAUCAAUUUCAAGGACAAGACUAAAAAUGUUGGUGCUGAUCUAGUGAAGCAGGUUGCCAGUGCUACUAAUUCUGCAGCAGGAGAUGGUACAACAUGUGCCACUGUUCUGACUCAGGCAAUAUUUGCUGAAGGUUGCAAGUCAGUAGCCGCUGGUGUCAGUGUGAUGGAUUUGCGCAGUGGUAUCAGUAUGGCGGUUGAUGCUGUUGUAGCUGACCUGAAGAGCAGAGCACUGAUGAUAAGCACACCGGAAGAGAUUACUCAAGUGGCAACGAUCUCUGCCAAUGGUGAGAGUGAAAUUGGGGAAUUGAUAGCACAGGCAAUGGGGAAAGUAGGGAAGGAAGGAGUCAUUACUGUUGCUGAUGGAAAUACGCUGGAUAAUGAACUGGAAGUGGUGGAAGGGAUGAAGUUAGCCCGGGGUUAUUUAUCUCCUUAUUUUGUUACCGAUGAGAAGUCCCAGAAAUGUGAACUAGAAAAUCCCCUGAUCCUUAUUCAUGACAAGAAAAUUUCAGACAUGAACUCCCUUGUGAGAAUAUUGGAGCUGGCUGUAAAGAAAUAUCGACCUCUACUAAUUGUUGCUGAGGAUUUGGAGAGUGACGCACUGGCUAUGCUUAUCAUCAACAAGCAUCGUGCUGGUGUUAAGGUUUGUGCCAUCAAAGCUCCUGGUUUUGGGGAUAACAGAAGAGCCAAUGUAGAGGACCUUGCAAUUCUUACUGGAGGAGAGGUUAUUAGUGAAGCACAUGGCUUAAGUAUUGACAAAGUUCAAAUCGAUAUGCUUGGCACAGCAAAAAAGGUCACUGUUUCCCUUGACGACACAAUAAUUCUACACGGGGGUGGGGACAAGAAACUAAUUGAAGAAAGAUGUGAGCAGCUAAGGGAAGCCAUGGAGAAGAGUACUGCCAUGUUUGACAAGGAAAAAGCAAUGGAACGCUUGUCCAAGCUAUCCAGUGGUGUUGCGAUUUUCAAGGUUGGAGGGGCUAGUGAAGCAGAAGUUGGGGAAAGGAAAGAUAGGGUUACAGAUGCUUUGAAUGCUACAAGAGCAGCUGUGGAAGAGGGCAUUGUUCCAGGUGGUGGAGUUGCUCUCUUGUAUGCCACAAGAGUCCUGAAGAACCUUCAAACUGACAAUGAAGACCAGAAAAGAGGAGUCCAAAUAAUUGAGAAUGCUCUUAAGGCACCUACUUUCACAAUAGUCUCAAAUGCUGGUGGUGAUGGUGCUCUGGUUCUUGGCAAGCUAUUGGAACAAGAUGAUCUCAGAAUUGGUUAUGAUGCUGCCAAAGGUCAUUAUGUUGACAUGGUGAAGGCUGGAAUAAUAGAUCCAUUGAAAGUUGUUAGAACAGCCUUUGUUGAUGCUGCCAGUGUCUCAUUGUUAUUGUCAACAACCGAGGCAGUUGUUGUGGACCUUCAAGGAGAGAAGAAUCCUCUCGCAAAUCGUAUGCCAAAUAUGGAUGAUAUGGAUUAUUGAUUUUGAUGACAUAAUUUUGAAGUUUCAGCUAUUGUGAAGAUUCAAGAAGCCAUGCCAGUAAUCCAUACCAUUUACAAAAAAUUGAGCCCUAGUCUCCUAGUCUCAGUUAUCUUCAAAGAGUUGAACAAAUUUUUUUCCAGAAACCAAUUGGGAUUUUGAGGGUUUAUAAGAGAGAGUACUUGUGCAAAGGUAUGAAGGUCUUACAACUAAUAAAAUUGUUUUGCACACUGGGCAUAGAUUGCUAGUAGAGUUGUCAACUGUUUUUUAUAAAAUAAUGCUUUUU